UUUGUUCUACUUUUUCUUGAAAGUCAUUUAUAUAAGUUUAAAUUAAUAUUCUAAGUCUGUUAUUGUCGUUGCGGAAGUUGUUGGGUAUAUUUACAAGUGAUUCAUUGCCCUACAAAACCAAGAUUACACCCAAAAUGCGUUUAAUUUUAUAAAAUUGAUCGUUUGGCACUGAACUUAAAUUCCAAGAUGGCGGCGACUGUCAGACGAAUUUUGAAGUCCGGAAAAAUUUGGGCGAAUCAAUGUAAUGUUCAGUGUCGUCAGUUCGCACAAGUCAGUAUUGCUGGUUUGCCAAGUUUUGUAAAGAUUGUUGAAGUAGGACCAAGAGAUGGGUUACAGAAUGAAAAGGAAAUAGUACCAACUGAUGUGAAAGUAGAGUUUAUAAACCGUUUAUCUGAUACCGGUCUCUCUGUUAUAGAAGUCACCAGUUUUGUUUCACCUAAAUGGGUACCACAGAUGAGUGAUCACAAAGAAGUAUUAGACAGAAUUCAACGUAAAUCUGGUGUAGUAUUUUCAGCUUUAACGCCCAAUAUACAAGGUUUCCAAGCAGCUGUAUCUGCCAAAGCUGAUGAAGUGGCCAUAUUUGGUGCAGCAUCUGAAUCUUUCAGCAAGAAGAAUAUUAACUGCUCUAUAGAAGAAAGCUUAAAUCGAUUUCAACAAGUGACACAGGCGGCUAAACAAAGUAAUAUACCAGUUAGAGGGUAUGUAUCGUGUGUAUUGGGUUGUCCAUAUGAAGGUGAUGUUUCAGCUGAUAAAGUUGCACAGGUAGCUAAGAGGUUAUAUGAUAUGGGAUGCUAUGAGAUAUCACUGGGUGAUACUAUAGGCGUAGGAACACCAGGUCAAGUUAAACAACUCAUUACAUCUGUUAGUAAAGUAGUUCCAGUGGAUAAGUUAGCUAUACAUUGUCAUGAUACUUACGGUCAAGCUCUAGCUAAUAUAUUCUCAGCUUUACAGAUGGGUGUAUCUGUAGUUGAUAGUUCUGUAUCUGGAUUAGGAGGAUGUCCGUAUGCGAAGGGUGCAAGUGGAAAUGUAUCAACAGAAGAUGUGGUAUAUUUAUUAAAUGGUUUAGGUAUUAAAACGGGUGUAGAUGUACAGAAACUAAUAGAAGCUGGACAGUUUAUAUCACAAGCACUGGGUCGAAAAUCGGGUUCAAAGGUCGCACAAGCUAUCAAAUCUUGUCUGUGAUGUCUAAAAACUUGAAAUUUAUCGCAUUUCUGUGUUUUGAACAAUUUUCUAAUUUUUCUAUGGAAUGGAAAUGAAAAUAAGUUUUCAUUACAGGCAUUUAAGAUAUUUAAAACACAGAAAGAGGAAAACUUCGGGGUAGAAAAAUGACAGGUAGUAAGAUCGCAUCUGAUAAAUAUAUAUUUUCCAGGGGGAAUUGUACGUGCCAAAUGACUAAUAUCCAUGUGAAGAUUGUACCUGUCAAAUGACUAGUAUCCAGGGGGGAACUGUACCUGACAAACUGACUAGUAUCCAGGGGGAAUUGUACCUUAAAAAUCCUUGAUCUAGUUUGACACUGUCUGUGACAGUUGGCUUCAUUAAUUCCAGCCUAUGUCAUAAGAUCAAUAUUUUUAAACCUAUCUUUGUUGAAUAUUUUGAUGUUUAUGUAUUAUACUUGUUAUAGGAUAUUUAAAGGUUUUACAAGAUGCAUUUAUUCAGAAUAUAAGGUGUAUGUGUAAUUUGCAGUGUAGGCUGUGUGAUAAUUGUAUUGUGCGAAUAUGAAAUUUCCUUGAAUCUGAUCAAUCAAUCAAUUUAAAAGUGUAUCUACCGGGAUAUAAUAAUAAUAAUAAUUUAUUCUUAUAGAACGCAUUACAAUAUACAAGUAAUAUCUUAACGUGCUUUACAUAUUUGUGUGUAGAUGUUGAAGUGAAUUAUUACGGAUGUUGCUAAACAUUUAAAAAUUGAUGGUAAUUCUCUUUAAAUAAAAAUGUUUUUAACGAUGAUUUAAACAUGUGAUGUACAUAAAUGCUCUAUCCCCAUAUCAUAGUUGGCAAGUUGAGUCCGACAGCUUCUGACGAUGUACCACAGUCAAAUACAAUUCAAAUUAAGUGAACAAGAUUUCCUUUAUUUUAAAUGAGUCAGUUUUAUUGAAUUUGAUUUUUUUUGCAUUAAAAUAUAUAUUUGUAAAAAGAAUAGAUAAAGCCAAUGUUGAGAUACAA